CUCACAAAGCAGAGAAAUACUGGAAUUGGCAGGUAUGUAGUGGUAUGCGUCUGAUAAGUUGACUGAGAGCAUCCAGUGCCCCAGGUGAGAUGGGUGCAGAAUGGCUGGUAUGUACUGGUAUGCGUCUGGUAAGUCGACAGCAGGGGCGGACUGACCAUUUGGAAACUCGGGCACUGUCUGAGGGCCCGGGAUGCCCCUGGUACCUUUUUCAUAGGCUUUUUUGAGUUUGGUCAAGGACACAGGGGCCCCAUGAUCCCCUAUUGCCCGGGGG